GCUAGUCUCGCGUCGUAACCACGACAACGGUCAAAACUAACUUUUUUCGCUACCUUCAAGCGAAAGGAUGAACUCUCCUGAGAAAACUGGAAAACUACAAACUACAACGGCGGUUGGAGAUGCCAUGAAGUGUGCGGAAGCUCUUAAAAAUGGUCAGGACGUAAAAGGAGGACACGAAGAAGACUUGGAAGCGACAGAGAAAGCCAUCCAGGAGCGAGCAGAGGCGGUCGCUUCGAUUAAUCGGAGGCCCAGCACCUCUGAACAGCAGCUUUCUGUGUUCGACUUUUUGCUGAAUUUCCUUUUCCAACACGGCAUGACGGGGACUUUGGCGUGUUUCGAAGCGGAAUGGUCUGAGCUGCUGCAGAACGGAGAAGUGGAUGCGAAGGAGAUCGACCUGAUCCCGAAGGUGUACACCGAGAGCGAGCAAUUGGCCGGAGAGCUGAAGAGUGCGUGGCGGGAGAAGGAGGAGUACAGGCAGGCGGCCGCCGUCGCGGCCGAGGCCCUGCAGAGAGCCAAGAGAGCCAAAGAUGCCCACUGGUUGGAGCAUCAACGGCUGGUCAGAGAGAACAACAAACUCAUCGGGGACAUGCAAAAGCUGAAAGUGCAGUGUGAGGGCUACCAGCCUGAAGUAAAGAGGAUGAGUGACAAAUACCAGGCGAUGUCAAAGCAGGUCGUGCAGGUGGCGUUGGAGAGGGACAAAGCGCUGCUGCAAGGGGACCAUCAGGCUGCCCGACUGGACGCCUCCUCAUCUCAGACCAAUGGAAACAAUGGUUCAUUGAAUUAAAUCUAACGUCAUAACAAUGUGCUUUA